UAUAUGCAUACUAUUCCAAAUGACCUGUAUAAAGCCAGACUUUGAGUUGAAAGAAAUCAACACUUGCUCUCCUCUCAAAUGGAUGGUGCGGAUACGGUUCGUGAAGAUGACCCCAAGGCCCCUUUGCUUCCCAUUCACAGGUCACAGAGCUUCAAUUCAUUCAUAAGAUCUAUUUUCACAUUGAAGAACUUCUUCGUCCUUCUCGGACCCUCCCUCUGCGCCUUCAUCUGCCUCUUUGUUAAGUUGAACAUUGACCGCGGAGACGGCAGCCGUAACAUGCUGGCGGUGCUCGCCUGGAUGUUCACCUGGUGGAUGACGGAGGCGGUGCCGAUGCCGAUAACCUCCAUGGCGCCGCUCUUCCUCUUCCCCCUCUUCGGAAUCGCCUCCGCCGAUGACGUGGCGCAUUCCUACAUGGACGACGUGAUCUCGCUUGUCCUUGGGAGUUUCAUACUCGCGCUUGCUGUUGAGCAUUACAACAUACACAGGAGAUUAGCUCUCAAUAUAACCCUGCUAUUCUGUGGUGAUCCAUUGAACCCACCCGUGCUCCUCCUGGGAAUAUGUGCCACGACAGCGUUCGUCAGCAUGUGGAUGCACAACGUGGCAGCAGCUGUUAUGAUGAUGCCCGUCGCGACUGGAAUAUUGCAGAGGCUGCCAUCGGGGCCCACUCGGUGCGUCCUCGUCACCAAUUUUUGCAAGGCUGUGGUUUUGGGGGUGACAUACUCUGCGGCUGUGGGAGGGAUGAGCACCCUCACCGGGACAGGUGUCAAUCUGAUACUGGUUGGGAUGUGGAAGAGCUACUUCCCUGAAGCCAGCCCCAUCAGCUUCAACACGUGGCUCUUCUUCGGCUUCCCACUAGCCUUGCUGAUUUUUAUUGCUCUGUGGGCCAUACUUUGCUUGUUGUACUGCAGGAAGGGGUCCAGUCAAGCUCUAUCAGCCUAUUUGGACAAAGCCCAUUUGAGGAGGGAGCUUGAUUUGCUCGGUCCAAUGGCUUUUGCGGAGAAGAUGGUACUAGCAAUAUUUUCGAUGUUGAUAGUAUUGUGGAUGACGAGGAACAUAACAGACGACAUCCCUGGUUGGGGAUCACUGUUCAAGGGUCGUGCUGGUGAUGGAACUGCUAGUGUGAUGAUGGCAACACUACUGUUCAUAAUCCCAAACAAGAAGCAGCCAGGGGAGAAGCUAAUGGACUGGAACAAAUGCAAGAAACUGCCGUGGGGCAUCGUACUCCUACUGGGGGCUGGAUUCGCAAUAGCUGACGGUGUUCGGACCAGCGGCCUGGCCGACGUGCUAUCUGAAAUGCUGGAUUUCUUAGAGAAAGCGCCGUACUGGGCCAUCGCCCCGGCCGUGUGCCUCAUUAGCAGCACCAUUACCGAAUUUACCUCCAACAACGCCACCACGACCCUUGUCAUUCCCCUUCUAAUUCAAAUUGCACAAACUAUGCAUCGGCACCCGCUGCUGCUCAUAAUUCCUGGUUCUAUUGGAGCACAGUUUGCAUUUUUGUUGCCGACUGGGACGCCUUCCAACAUCGUUGGGUUCACGACAGGGCAUAUUGAGAUCAAUGAUAUGUUGAUAACAGGGACUCCGCUCAAAAUUGCUGGCAUUCUUGUGUUAUCUGUUCUUAUGCCGACACUUGGAGCUUUUGUUUUCGGGACAAAUGAGCCACUGCAGAACUUGUCUAGGAGCUAGUUAACAAGUCUGGCGAUGCCUUAAUUUUGGGUGAAAUCAAUUUCUCUGCUUUGUAAUUUUUUAUUUCGAUAUAUAUAUAUUUUUUGUCGGGAUAUAAAUAUUUUCUUGUUACAUUUAUGUAACACAUAAGAAUUUCAAUUUGUAAAGGUAUAUAUAGGUUGAUUUUGUACCUCGUUA